AUGUGGCGUAAGCUGCGCUUGACCGUACUUGGUCGGUCCAUAACAAUACCACAAACUAAAGAUCAAAAGAAGGAGAAAAAGAGAAUCGCAGAACGUAAAAGGAUGGAAAAUAUAAGAAAAUAUCCAGACAAGUAUGCUCUGUGGAAAUUAAAAAUGAAAGAAACAUAUUUGAAAAGAAAGAGAGAAGAAGUUUCGAUUAUAUCAAGAUCUCCGGAUAUUCCCAGCUCAUCACAGGUAUUAACUCAGUUUUCACCACAUUCUGCACGUAUAACAAGAUCAACAAUAAGACAAAAGAGGACACUUGGAAUUGAUUUGAACCUAACAGAAAAUGAAACCGAUAUCUCAUCCAAUGCUGACGUCCAUUCGAGAAUAAUAUCGCCUUCACCAAAUACUUCGAUAUCAGAAUCACCAAGGACUCCCAGCCCACAAAGUAGCAUGGCAUCGUCUCCACAACGUGUCGUCAGCCCAAAAGUUAAUAAAAAAGCUGCACGGGAAACACCUCUUAAAAAGAAAUCGCCUUGGAAACAUAUUUUACGAAAGUUUCAAUAUAGAUAUACUAAAGAAAUACAAUUAAAAGACCAAAAAAUUCUGGAACUUAAAAGAGUACAUGAAAAUUACCGGAAAAAGAUAAAACGGUUAGAAAAAGAUAAACGGGUAACAGACGUGCAUAAAAGACAAAAGGAAAAUCUAUCUGGGAAUGAAAAAAUACAGAUUGUUGUUGAACCCUGUGCUACCGGAAUUAAAGAAAAUGUCACUGUGUAUUUUGAAGAAGAUGAAAACAGUAGAAUGUGCGCGGGAAAAAAAGAAUUUGUCACCAAAGGAAAAAUAAGAAAACAGAAGCGAUAUCUUAGCGACAGCUUGCAGAAUCUACAUAAAAAGUAUCUUGAAACCAAUCCUCAAUACAAAAUAAGCUACAGUGCAUUUUGCAAGCUUCGUCCAUUUUGGGUACGCGUACCAAACGUCAAUAUUCGUGAAACAUGUUUAUGUAAAGAUCAUGAAAAUAUGGAGUUGGUCGUUGUAGCCCCUCGGAAAAAUUAUCUGAUUGUGGAAAAAUCUGUAAAUGAGUAUCAAUCACUAUGUUGUGAUCCUAGGAAUGUUCACUGUCUGACAAAGAAAUGUGAUAGUUGCAAAAAUAAGGCCAUUAAUUAUAAAGAAUUUGACAAUACCAAAGAAACACAUUACUUUAUUUGGAACAAAGUAAAAAAAAAACUUAUAUCAAAGAUGGAAAAGAAAAAGCUACGCUUCAAACGAUUAAGGCAAAAGUUGCAGCGCAUCCCAAAGAUAUAA